AUGGGUCCUAAGAGGUGGAUUGAUAAGAAAAAGGCCGACACUUAUAGUCUGGUGUACAGAUCACAGGAAGAUCCGUUGAUUAAUGACCCGGAUGCUUCUCAGAGAGUGCUGGUGAAGUUGGAUAAUCUGAACGAUGCCAAGCAGAAACAAGAAAGAAGAGAAAGAUGGGCCCCUACACCUUCAUAUUCUAGUACUGGGGGUGCUUCUAAAGUGCUGACGGCAGAUGUUUUGGCACAAGAUGAAGAGACUUUUAGAAAAGAAGGACGGCGUGAUAACGAGGGUGAAGCCGCUUUGUACGGUAUCGAAUACGAUGAUAGUAAAUAUGAUUAUAUGCAACACUUGAAACCCAUAGGAGAGGAUCCUUCAGCUGUUUAUAUCUCCAAGAAACCCACAAAAGAGAAACAAAGCUUUGGCAAGGACGGAAACCUGCUACUGAAAUCCGACUAUGCAGCUGCAAAUAAAGUAAAUCUACCGAGCGAUGUCCUGCCAUCCAAAGAUACGCUUAAAAGAACAUAUCAAGACCAGCAGAAUAUUCCAGAUGAGAUUGCUGGUUUACAACCUGAUAUGGACCCGAGACUUAGAGAAGUGUUAGAAGCACUUGAAGAUGAAGAAUAUGUGGAUGACGACGAGGAUGUCUUCGGUCAACUGAUCUCCAGUGGCCAGAAAGAGGAGAUUGAAGAAGACGAAGAUGAGUGGGCUGAUUAUGAUCCUGAUCAAGAUUUCAGUGGUCAAGACUACUCUGAUGAUGAAGCAUAUGAUUCAGAUAACGGCCGGGAAAUGCCAGCCAAGCCAGCCAAGUACAUGGUGACGGCGAAGGAGGGUGAAGAGGACUGGGAGACUGCAUUCCGUCAGUUCAAGCUCGACCAAUCGCGAUCAAAAGCUCCUAUUGAUGGUGUCAGUGAUGACGAAUUCGAUGAAGAUAGGGACGAGGUAGGGUCUCUCUCACAAGUGCCUUCAGGAAGACGCAUCACGAAAAGCGGAAGAAAGCAGAAGAUUGGUGCCAAGACCGAUCUUACGGGCUUCUCCAUGUCCAGUUCUGCAUUAUUUAGAAACGACGGCUUGACCCUGCUAGAUAACCGAUUCGACAAAAUUGAAGAGGAAUACAACAAUGACGACGACGAAGAGGAAGAAGCCAAUGAGCCCUUUGACAUGUCGAAGGAACGAGACGAUCUCGAAGCCAUCAUGGACGACUUCCUCGACAACUAUGUCGUUGAAGGUAAGAAGAUGUACAAGAAAUAA